GCACCACACCAGCCAGCACAGCAGUUAGCGCCAACACCAGCCAGUACAGCAGCACCCAUUCCAGCUAAAUUAAACAACACAAGAAAGACUAAACACACAAAUGGAAUUCAAAACAUGAUAAAUCAAUAAAAGGGCAGAGGCUCGACUGACACUGAUUAGUCAGUGUUAGGUAGUUAAUUAAUUGAAGAGGUUGUUUGGUUAUCCGAACGUCAUUAGGUUUUUGUAGUUUCUUAAUGUAGGUUUUUGUAGUUUUUUUAAAAAACUAUUUUAAGUUAAAAAUUUAUUAACUGGCGCCCGAAUAGGGACCAGCGCGAGUAUCGUUUAAUUCGUCGCGAGUGAUACAACAUCGUGAGUGUUAUCCGAAAAUUUCAACUUUACCGCUGUAAAAGUAGCGACCGCCACUAUCACAGCAGCCGUGGAGAGGAGCGCCCCUAGUCACCAACCAGCAUAGGAGAAACGGGAAGAUCGCCGCUUCACCGGGACAGUUGAAGCUCGUGUCUGGUCGUCUCAAGGAGUCCCGACGAUACAGGACGGGACCCGAUUUCAAGACGAAGUGCUCUCUGGUACAGGAUAGAGCAUUCGUAUUAUGGUUAAGUUUCUAUUAAUAAUAUGUUCCAUGUUGUUGGUGCAAGGAGAGAUACAAAUUCAUAACUUGAAUAAAAAUCCACUGGCAAUAAUUCCAUUGGGAAAAGCAAAACUUACAUUAGGAUAUGUGAGAAUAAUACAACCAAUAGAUCUUACGCAAAUUCAUGAUAUAAUCACCAAAUUUGAUGAAUUGGUAAGAACAAAUGUUUAUAAUAAUAACCUUUAUAGACUGUUACAAAAUAGAAACCAUUUGCUAUACCAAACAUAUUUAAAAAUCGCACCACACAAUAAUUCACAAUCUCGUAUAAAACGAUGGGAUACUAUUGGAAAAAUCUUGAAAUGGGUUGCUGGAACUCCCGAUGCUGAGGAUUUGAGUAUAAUUAACAACACAAUGAACGCAUUAAUCGACAACAACAAUCAACAAACCUUCAUCAACGAAGCUAUAAACUCCCGAAUCAAACAUUUGAAUCAAGUCACCAACGAAUUACUAGAACUGGACUUUAAAUCUCAAAAACAACAUGUUAUUGAAAUCAACCUUCUAACAAUCUUGCUUAACCUGAAUGCAGCUCAACAUCAAAUUGAAAUACUUGAAGAUGCCUUAUUACUCGCAAAAAAUGGCAUUCCUAGCAGUCAAAUCUUAUCUAUGAAAGAUUAUUCAAAAAUAAAAUACUUCCUACAGCAACAGAACAUCCCUGUUACGUCAUUUGAAGAGAUGUUAACUAAAACAAGUACACAAAUUGCCAUGAACAAUACGCACGUGAUGUAUAUGCUAAAAAUUCCACAACUUUCAAACGAAACUUACAACUACGAAUUCAUUAGUCCUCUGAUUCAAAACCAAACAAAAAUACAUAUUGAAUCAAGCUACAUUAUCACUAAUGAAUCGCAUACUUUCGAAACAUCUGCACCAUGUAAAGAAGAUUCCAAAUAUUUUUUAUGUGAAUCCAAGUUGAUAAAACCUACAAGCCCAUGCAUCAGAAAUUUGAUUCUGUCACGACACGCAAAUUCGCAAGCAGUGAUAGAUACCGCUCAGCGACGCCAACGCAAUGGUUUGUUCGAUGAGGAGUGCAAACGAGUUAUAAACGAGAAGUAUGCCGCCAGGAGUCGAAUGCUAGAGGCUCAACAGAGAGCUGUACAGGGUGGUUAA